AUGUUCCGUCUCAAAAAUCUCCUUGUUUUCCUCCUGGUGUUGUGGUUGUUCAUGCAGACUGCCCUGACAAAGCCCCAGGGUCCCACUUCCACUGAUGUUGCGAACAUCGAUGACAACUUGAACUCGCUCAAGGAUAGCCGUGUUGAAGGAACCCACGCCCAGCCUACUGCCGAGCACGAUGUCCCCUCUGUGCCCGAUGGAGCUGUCCCCGGUGACGACGUCCCUGAGGGCAACGACCAGAGCGGAGUCCUAGGCCUGGGCGGAGGGCUCUUUCCAGUCUCACGUCCUGACACUUGGAGAACUUGUCUGGGCGUUUGUGACUGGAACCACUGGUGCCACUGCGCAAAGACUCGUUGCCGUUGCUGGCAUCGUCAUGCCCCAUGCAAAUGCAUCAACCACUUCAAAUCUCGCGAUGAGUCCGCGGAAGAUGAUGGUCAGAGCGACGUUGCCGGUCUUGAUGCUGUUGACGGUUUGAACACUGCUGAUGAUUCGGAUCCCACUGAUGGUUUGGAUACCCCGGUUGAUCUGAACACCACUGAUGAUUCGGGUUCCAUUGGUGAUCUGGAUCCCACUGAUGAUCUGAACACCACCGAUGACCUGGAAACCCCUGUUGAUCUGAACGCCACUGAUGAUUCGAUCACCACUUCCGGUCUGAACCUCACCGAAGGUCCAAACAACCAGACCCUGAUCAUCAUACCUCCCUUUCCUCCCGUGCAGUGCAAGGGAAUCUGCAACCUGAAGCACAAGUGCUACUGCUCCAAUACUGCUUUGACCCACUGCCGUUGCCCAAGGAUUGGCUUCCCAUGCUCGUGCACACGCUACCUCGAUAGUCCAGCUGCCCGACUGGAAAGCGCGGACUCGAACACCACCUCGACCUCGAACACCACCUCGACCUCGAACACCACCUCGACCUCGAACACCACCUCGACCCUGAACACCACCCCGACUCUGACCAUUCGCGCGGCCUCGGAGACUGAUGAAGAAGGGUCGGACACCAACGAGGGUUCGGACACCAACGAGCAGUUGGAUACCAACGAGGAAGUGGAGAGCACCCCGGUGUCACAUCUCGCUCAAGCGGUAAGCCCCUGA